AUGUAUAAAUAUCGGUAUCAGAAAAAUACUUCUGUAACCAUCUCUCUUUGUGGUCUGGAGGGUGUAGAGAGAAGGUAAAGUAAUUGGCAGCAUUAAAAUAGGCGUACUCUUCAACACAGAAGGUCUCGGUGAAAUAAUUUUUUAACGGGUAAGGAGUGGUGAAUUGUUUUUGAUUAAUAUGGAGGAAGGGAGAUAGUUAUUUAAUUACCCUUAUUCGAGCCUUGGCCGUCCUGGCGCUUGUUUGGCUUGAGAAAGGUGGAGUAGUUAGAAUUUUGAUUACUUUUUUGCAUAAAAUGCUUUACAUAAAUAAAGAAAAAAAUAUAAAAUGAUCAGUCGAGCCUUUGAAGCGAAGCAAGCUCGUUAAUGAUACAAUGUUUUCUCUUCAAUCCCGUUUAUUGGCGGAUCAAUUGCUCGUCCCACCCAAGAAUCAAAUUAAUAAAAAUGACAUUAUUAACCUGUGUGCAGACGUUCUCUAUUUCUUUUGUUAUUCGCGGAAAGGGACAUUUCUGCACACCACAAGGGGAAAAGGCAGUAUGAAUGCGAAACUGCGAUAAUCUCACGCUCUCUCUAUAACUCGAUAGUUUGUCGAAAUUGGUCUUUAUGUCGAAUUCUGAGAGGAAGUGCUAACAACCUAUCUUGGCUUAAAGAGCAAAACAAUCAGUCCAUUCAAGAGGCAAUCAAAGUUCAGCCUGAGUUAGGUCAGGCUUGGAAAAACCGCAGUCUUGUUAUAUAAUAAUAAUUAUAGAAUUAGACAAGCCUAAAAGCAGAGCUGUUUUUUAAAAACACAUUUUUGUUGGUAACGUUACGAUGUUAACUUCCUAUUUUUCUAACACCUUUCAGCGGCAACUCUAGAGUGAUCUAAAUUACCUUCCACCUUGUUCAUCGAUUUCAUUCAGAUAUGGUUGCGUAAGUAAAUAUCUCAAGCCUCAGGUAAGAAAAUGACCGUGGAAAUAAUAGCGGAAAGAGAUCAAUAUUUAGAGCAAGUAACCUUGUUUCUGACUCUUAGAAAUCUUGUCCUCAAUAAUACUAACUACCAAAAAAAGCUCUAAAUUUUAGGCAGCAAUUUUCCGUCGCUUUGAAUUCACUGAAUUGUUAUAAUGUUUACUGACCCUGAACGAAUUUACUUGUGGUCUUGCUGUUCUUACUUAAUUAUUUACCAGUUCAGUCACCGUGCGGGUAGUUGUAGCCUUUCUUCAGGGCAUUUCACCGUGAGUGUUUUGACCACGAUCGCGUUGUUUUGGGCACGGCUACACAUAAAUCAGGUAAGAUACUGACAACUAUCAGUAUUCCAGUAGGCCUAACUUGGUGGGCAAACAGACGCCUUGUUCAGUUUGUUGUAACUACCAUAAUGCAAGAAUCAUUCACAGCAUAUGAAAACUUCAUGGAUUUUGAAUCAUUUUCCCGGCAAUUGAAGGGUUAUACUGUUCAGUGACUCAAGAGAAGACUGGACGAUUGUCUGAAACUAAAUAUUUUGCACCGUAAUCGAUCUUAGCAAGCAAUCCACGGCUUUAUGUCUAGCUUUAUUUUCAACGGACAGAGCAAAACCGUGGAGAGCAUAGGGAGAAAAUAAUGGGUAAGAUGAUACUCAGUAUCAGAAUCAGUUUUAAAUCGGCUGUCGCAUUGCUCAGUGGGCGAAUCAUAAAAAUUAUCUACAUUUACAGACCUGACUGAGCUUCAUUCUGAGUUUCAUUUAGUCAGUUUGACUAAGCCCGCAGUUUGCUAUUUCAUUUUCUAAAUGGCUCCUUCACAGCAUGACCCUCGGGUAGAUACUUUUCGUCUUUUUUAUCACCGAUAAAGAUGAAAAACAACACGGCAAUUUCAUGGUUAUCUUUCAACCUCUCCUCAGUUUUAAAAAACCAAAAUAAUAUUUGAAAAUGGCAACAGUAAAGUUGACCUCUCAGUUUUAUGAUGUAAUACACAGCUUACCGACCUGAAACUGAUUAAGGCUCCGGUCCUGAGACAGCAGUCCUGUUGUAAUGAAGGUUUAACCGGGUCAAUUCCGUAUGCUUUAAAUAUUUCAAGAAGGAAAGUUAAAAAAAAACUGUUAAAGAACGCAAUAAUAAAUAAUGGGUCAGCAAAAAUACGACAAAAAAGGGAGAUAAAAUCAAACCAAUGAGCACUUGCCAUGAACUGUUAUUGUGAGGCGUUGUUUGUUCAUUUUACAAGGUGAAAUAUUUGAGGAAACUGGCUUAUCCAUCUGUUAAGUGAACAAACAAAAAACAAAACAUUUACACACAUACCCACACAAACUUGGUUGACUUAAACUUUGAGCUAAACACACACAUUAAUUAAAGGAAGCUCUAGCUGACAGAGAAUUGUCAAUUAUGUUCGACUUCAACUUCAAAUAGUUUUUCAGAAGCCAUCCUGUCAUUUGCGCUUGUAAAAGAGUCCACAAACUGAAGGUAGAUUUACCUUUUCUUUAUUUUCAGGAGGAAGGCGAUGAAGUUUGCUUUGUUUGUAGCUCUAUUGGCGAUAUUCGGCUCCUUGAGUCAAGGAAAACCGGUGAACAAGAAGAAAAAACUAAAGGACAGCCCUAGGCAAGGUGAGUAUUGUAUGCCAUUAAGUGGUCACAUGGGCAUAAAAAUUUCGGAUGGCUUGUUCGAAAGUACUUAACCAUCGCGUUCAAACAAUUAAUGCUAUAUUAGACUUUUCCUUGAGUGAAGAACUCCUUAUUUAUUGUUUUACUUUUUUUUUCUACUUUGUAGAUAGCGCCUGUUUUGACGAUGAUGCGAAAUACUGCCAGAAGUGGGCGCCUAAAGGAUAUUGUGCAAAGAGCUCAAAAGUCAUGUCCGGCAAAUGCAAGCUUUCUUGUAAAAUGUGUUUAGCAGGUGAGAAUAUUCACAUCUGUGUGUCUGUGGUAGCGCCAUAUCGUCUAAAAUUGUUAUUAAACAGGUCUUUUUUAUGUCCUAGUAAUAAACACUAAGUUUACCUCUAUGUUUACACUUUACGAAUACGAAAUAACUAUAAUAGACCUAUUCAGCUGACUCAAUGUUGUACCCAAUUCAAACCGAAUUAGUACAACAAUGAGUUAGCCGAAUAGGUCUAUUAUAGCUGUAUUAGGUAGAAAUGAAAAUGUGAUCCACCCAAACAUGGUACUAAGCACAAAUCGCCCCAUGUAAGUUAAUUCCAAUCAGUCUUGGAUUGUGGAUACCACGCUGCGGAUUUUGGAUUCCAAUCGUUAGCGGAAUUGCGUAUUCCUUGAGCUGAAUUCCGGAUUCCGAAGUCCAGUAUUUUGAAAUCCAGCAUUUCCUCAAUUCUGGAAUCCGAAUUAUCUUUCAUUUGGAGAAACGAAUCAACUGGCAAGAACUUAAAAUAAGCGAAAACACGUUUUCUCUUUAAUCCAGGGGAAAUGCUGAUGGAUGAUGAUAGCAGGUGUAACGACUGGAAGAACAAUCAUCUAUGUGAAAAGGCUAACCACCAGCCAUAUAUGUUUAAACACUGCAAGUUCAGCUGCAAAGGGUAUGUCGCUGUACCUCAAAAUCCAAGGAAGAAACUUGGUGACGUUUUUGGUAUGGGAGGUCAGUAUGGAGGUCAGCGAUUUGGCCAACAACCUUAUGGACAGCGACCUUUUGGACAACAACCAUACGGGCAACAGGGUUAUGGACAGACGCCAUACGGACAGCAGCCAUACCGCCAGCAAUCUUAUGGACAACAACCGUACAUGCAACAACCAUUUGGCAACCGGCCUUACGGACAAAUGGCACCUGGUCAGCCCUAUGGACAGCAGCCAUUUGCACAACAGCCUUAUGCUCAACAACCACAAUACGGUCAGCAACAAGGAUAUGGGCAGCAAAUGCAGCCGCUUGGACAAACUGGACAGCCUUGCGGUCAGCCCCCGAUGAUCACUGAUCCUUGUGCCCCUUGCCCUCCUACUUGUUCCCCUUGUCCACCACAGCCGCCAACUUGUGGUGGCCAGCAACCUCCACAGGCACCACUGGUGCCUCCUCCACCUCCUCCUCCCCCAUCAGAGGAACCUAAAGAAGAGGAAAAGGAAGAGGGAAAAGGAAAGGAAGGAGAAGAAGAAAAGGAGAAGGAAGAAAAAGGGGCUGGGAAGCCAGCUAUAAGACCACCCUACCGUCCACCUUACCGACCACCCUAUGGCCAACAACCUUUAAGCCCUUAUGGUCAGCAACCUCAACAGCCAUAUAAUCCUUAUGGUCAGCAACCAUACGGACAACAGCCUUAUAACCAAUAUGGGCAGCAACCCUACGGGCAACAGCCUUAUAACCAAUAUGGGCAGCAGCCUCAAUAUGGACAACAAUCGUAUAAUCCAUAUGCACAGCAGCAACAGCCCUACGCACAACAACAAUAUGGUCAACCCUCGUAUCAGCCUCAAACAAUUCAGCCAGCCAAUCCUGCGGUGCCACAAGCCCAACCCGAAAGCCAACCGGUAGCUCCCCAAGAAGCUGCUGUUCCGCAACCCGCUGCCCCUCAGCCGGCCGCCGUUCCUCAACCAGCCGCCGUUCCUCAACCAGCCGCCGUUCCUCCGGUAGCAGCCGCCCCUCAAGGAGCUGCCCCUCAAACGCCAGCAAUGCAACCUGCUCCUGCUGCAGGUAAGCCUUGUCAAUUCACGUUACAUUUAAAAUUGUCCGCAUGACGUUUAAAACACUAAUUACAGUCGUGCCAGGUGGACCUACAGUACUGCACAUUUGAUAAUGUCCUCUGAUUUUAUGUCGAGACAUGCACCUCUGAUUCGAUAGCUAGAAAUUUACCUAAACGAACGAAGCAAGGCAGGAUAAGCAUUAUUAAUGGCAUUUAAGUAUCUUCAGUUAAAUAUUGGAUAAAAACCUCACAUGACGUUUCAACGACCCUUGUCAUCACCAAAUUCCGGAAAUUAAAAAAAGGUACUUACGAGAAAAUGAAGUCUAAAAACUAGGUAUAUUUUGAUUUUAAAAAGAAUGAAAACUGAAGAAUUCGACAAUUUAACAUUUUUUUUUCUUUUAAACCUCUUUGCAAAUCAAUCCUUAACAUAAGGAUCAGUAACAUAAUAAGUAUAACAUAUAUCUCUAGUAGUCCGAUCAUCGAAAUUCAAAAUUAUCUUUGCAGUGGCUUUAUCACUCAAUUGGACAGGGAAAUGUCAUUCUUAGACACUGUUUGUAACACACUACUCCCCAGAAGAACACUCCCCUCAGAGAGGCCAAUACUGUUUUAAUGACCAUUUAUUAUCAUGCUUUUUUAUAUACGCAAAUAGAACUAGGCUUUGUUACUAACAUUUUCCAGGAGGUGGCGCUCCUCAGGCUGACUCCCCACCACAGAAUGGUCAAACUUAUGUUAUCCAACAUCCCGUCCCUGGAACUGAAGGACCACUGAUGAUAAAGAAGGAAGGCGUUGAAAAGAAGAAGGCUCAAGCUAAGAAACUCGACGAGGAAACUGUGAUAGUAGCAAAGAAAAGGGGAAGCCAAUAAGGUAUUACUGAGGGAUGAGGGGCCUGUGAUCAUCAGUUUGGCUGAACUAAAGAAAGUUUUGUUCUUCCCACAAUGGCAGUGGUGACUUUUUAGCGUAAAGUAAAACAAAAAUUUAAUGUGGCUACCAAGGGGUAGGGGACGGCCGGGUUGCCUUGGCAGAAAUCUCUUUCGGACAGGAAGGUGUAGGUAUUGCGGGUUACUCUGGCGCUAACCACAAGUUACACUUAUUGCCCGCCAUUUUGCAUUUGACUAAAUUUUUAGAUUUUUGAAAAAGACCAUUGGCGUUUUCCUUUCUUAUUUUACUUGCACUUGUGCAGACCUGUAUGUUAAAUUUAUGCGACCUAUUAACUGAAAUAUCAUAUCGUGAGAAUAGCAAAAAAAUGCCAUGAAAUGCUGGGAAAAUAUGUUUAACAAAGUUAACAAACACUGAAGCUCCUCCCCCACUUGAGCCUUGAACCAGCCCAGUACAAAAAAAGCCAAACGCCCUCAUCUGGUGUUGUAAUAUGUUUAUUAGUUAAUUAAGUCUGGUUAAGAUAUUACAUGUAUAUUCUUUUUUACCUUUGUGACCAUGGGUUUUGAUUCCUUUCUCUUUCAGACUAAAAGACACUAUUGCUUGAAUCAAUCUUGAGCUGAACAUCUUUAUGAAACUUAACGCAAAAAUUCAAGAUGACUGCUGUUAAAAUUUCCCCGUAUGUCUGUAAAAGUGCACUGAAAUAAUCCCAUACAUGUAUAUAUUCCUUUCGAGCAACAACCAAGGCCGAGAUAUGGGUUCAUAUAACUUUGUGUUUCAACCCCAUCCUUUGCUUAUUACAGCCAGGCAUCAGUUUAAAGACCUAUUAAGACGAUAAAUCUUUGUCGCAUGCGAUAUGCGUACGAUAAGCCUACUACGUAUUGUGUAUACUACAUCAGACCUGCAACUGACUGAGUCGUAAGUGUAAUGUACACGACGUGUGUCGUAGGCACAUCGAAGGCGCAUAUAACAUGUGAUAAACUUGGUAUUGUUUCCUAAGGAUAGUGGCCUCAAGACCGAGGUUUGACAGUACGACAUACAAUAAAGUGUACAUGUUAUGUCUUCAAGAUUUCGUUAAUUAUGCAGCCAUAGAUAUUUUAAUUCUUAUCCUACUAAACAAGGAUUGAAGCACCUGGCACAGUUUUUAUCGGUUACGUACCGUUGUCUUCAGUUUCUUAGCGUCGCGAGGGAUCCAUCAGACACACGGUUUGGAAGAUGGAACGCGAUGAGCAAACAACAAAUGAAGCUUGUACAAAUUAUUAUAAUAUUGCUUAGAGAUUGUCAUCCUAGAUUUGAACCUGUCUCUUAUGUAAAAAACGUUAUGCGCGUUACAUGAUCUUUUUAAUUCGAU